AUGUGGUUUUUUACAAGAAACAUACAAACGUUGCGGCUUCAUAAUUUCAUUAUCGCUAAUAAAUUGAAAUCAUCGUUAAUAAAGAAUGGAAAGAAUGGAUCAAAUCAAUUUUCUAGUACAAUAAGUUUACGAAAUUUGACCACAUCCAUUAGACGUAGCAAACCAUUUAAUCCUUAUCAGAAGCGUAUUGAUAGGAAUAAGUCUUAUCUAUUGUACACGAUAGCCGUAUUAGUUUUUGGUGUAGGUUUUACUUAUGCUUCAGUUCCUUUAUAUCGAAUGUUUUGUCAAACGACUGGAUUUAGUGGAACACCUAAUACAGAUAGUUCAAAAUUUAGUCCCGAAAGACUUAUCCCGGCAAAAGAAUCACGUAGAAUUAGAAUACAUUUUAAUGCGGAUACUUCACUUGCUCUGGAUUGGAGUUUCGUUCCCCAGCAACGUGAAGUUUACGUUUUACCUGGUGAAACUGCUUUGGCUUUUUAUACAGCAAAGAAUAAAUCGAAUCAAGAUAUUAUUGGGUUGGCCACUUAUAAUGUAACACCUCUUAACGCUGGUCAAUAUUUUAAUAAGAUACAAUGUUUUUGUUUUGAAGAACAAAAAUUACAAGCAGGAGAAGCCGUGGAUAUGCCAGUUUUUUUCUUUAUAGAUCCGGAAUUUUCCGAUGAUCCUUUAAUGAAAGACGUUGAUACCAUAACUUUAUCAUACACAUUUUUCAAGGCAAAAUAUGACAACAAUGGAACCUUGAUUCCAGUGCCAACAUCAUAA